UUAGGCGGACGUCUCGCCAGAGAAAUGUUCUACAUUCCACAGAACGCGUGUGGAAGGAACUGCUCACUCGACACAGGGAGCUUUGACAUGCAGUAUGACCUUCAAGUCGGGGUGGGGACUCUAGUUGUGGCCAAGCCCCUGGAUGCAGAGGUGCAGUCUGUGUACAACAUGACCAUUCAGGUGACGGAUGGGACCAGCUUUGCCACGGCACAGGUGUUCAUCCGGAUACAAGACAGCAACGACAACCCUCCGGUCUUCUCGCAGGCUGCGUAUGAUGUCAGCGUCUCAGAGGAUGUGCCGGUUGACAUGGAGCUGCUGCGGGUUAGAGCGACAGACGUGGACGAGCGCGCUCGCUUGAGCUUCACCAUCUACGGCAGCGUGGACCCGGCCAGCAUGAGGCUGUUCAGGGUCAACCCCGGCACCGGAGUGGUCUACACGGCGGACAGGCUGGACUACGAGGCCAGAACGCAGCACAUCCUCACUAUCAUGGUCAAGGAUCAGGAAUUUCCAUUCAACCGAGACCUGGCUCGAAUCCUGGUGGCAGUGGAGGACUCCAACGAUAACAUCCCGUACUUCACCAGCACCGUUUACGACGCCCUGGCCUAUGAGUCGUCUCCCGUUGGAACGUCUGUGCUGCAAGUGACGGCCUUAGACAAAGACAAUGGGAUUAACGGGCAGCUCACGUACACCAUAGAAGCAGGUAACUCUGCUGGCGUGUUUGGCAUCGAAAACACCACGGGCCUCAUCUUCAUCACCAAGGACCUGGAUCUCACCUGCGUGGGCUUUUACACUCUCACUGUUCGGGUCACGGACAGUGGAUUUCCACCGUUAAUGGCCACAGCUUCAGUUCGCAUCUCCAUGAUUCUCUCUGACUUUUCCAAACCUACAUUUACUCAGAAGGAGUAUCAGGCGGAGAUAAUGGAGAACAGCACUGUCGGGACGUAUGUGACGACCGUCAGCGCCCUCAGCCGCUCAGCUCUCAUCUAUGACAUCAACAGGGGGAACGAGGAGCGCUGCUUCUUCAUUAACCAUCACACCGGUGUAAUCAGCACACGCAGACCACUUGACUUUGAGCAAACAACCUCGUACUUCCUGGUGGUGCACGCUCUGAGCAUGGCCGGAGUGGAGGCCAGCACCUCUGUCAUCGUCCAGGUGGGGGACGUCAACGAUAACCCGCCCGUCUUCCAACAAAUCAGGUACGUGGGUGAAAUCAGUGAGGCUGCUCCGGUCAACAGUGUGGUGCUGGGAGAGGAUGGAAAGCCUUUAGUCAUCAGGGCGACCGACAGGGACCGAAACCACAACGCCCUGCUGGCGUUCCAGAUCAUAGACGACACCGCUCGCAUGUUUUUCAGCGUGGAUUCUGGGACGGGAUCGAUUCGAACAAUCGCCAGUCUGGAUUAUGAGACAUUCUCUGAGUUUGUCUUCCGGGUUCAUGUCAGAGACGGAGGUCAGCCUCCUCAGACUGCUGACAGCCCAGCAGACGUGGUGAUAAAGGUGAUCAACAUCAACGACUCGCCUCCCAAGUUCUCUCAGGACACCUACGAGACAGUCCUACUCCUGCCGACCUACGUGGGAGUCGAGGUGCUCAGAGUGGAGGCCUUUGACCCUGACACGGCCUCGGACCUCGGCCUGAAUCCGGUCACCCCCGUGCUGGUUUACUCUCUGGUGGACAACAACGCGGAGCAAUUCUCGGUGCAGCGCAACACUGGAGUCGUGACCGUCAUCAAUCCCAACCUCAAUAAGGAUCGCUACCGCUUUAAUGUGAAGGUGUGGGACGGACGUUUCUCAAGCAUGGCGUUAGUGACUGUGGUCGUCAGAGAAGCGAUCGACAGCGGCCUCCUCUUCACCCAACCGCUCUACUCCGCCUCCAUCCCAGAGAACAUAGCCAAUGUCACUGUGGUGACUGUUGUCAACACGGUCGGACACCGUCUCAACGAGCCGCUCAAGUACACUCUGCUGAACCCCGGCGGACGCUUCAUCAUCCGGCCGACCUGCGGAGUGGUGCUCACCACCGGUGUGCGCUUCGACCGGGAGGAGAGGGAGAGUUACGAGCUGGUGGUGGAGGUCAACAGAGAGGACGAGAUACUGAGAGUGGCCAGGGUGACCGUACGAGUGCAGGUGGAGGAUGUGAACGACAAUGCUCCAGAGUUCGUGAACCUCCCGUACUACGCUGCCGUGCAGGUGGAAGCAGAGCCAGGAUUGGCUAUUUUCAAGGCGUCGGCCACUGACCAAGACUUCGGCCUGAACGGAGAAGUGACUUACAGCCUGAAGGAGCAGCACAGGAACUUUCAGGUCAAUCCAGUGACAGGAGAGCUGAGCUUGAAAAGAGCCUUUGAGGUGGAUUUAUCCAACGCAGAGUACAAGCUGGUCCUUGUGGCUACUGACGGCGGCCUCCCUCCUCUGUCCAGUGAGGUGGAUCUGCCCGUUACCGUGGUAAAUAAAGCCAUGCCAGUGUUUGACAAGCCCUUCUACGGCGUCACCGUCCGAGAGGAUGUGGCCGUCUCCACCUCCGUCCUGUGCAUCAACGCCACCAGCCCCGAAGGCCAGAGCGUCAUCUUCAGCAUCACUGACGGAGACCCGUCGCUCCAGUUCGACAUCGGCUUCGACACAGGAAUCAUCGGCGUGGUUUACCCGCUAGACUACGAGACCACGCAGUAUUUCCGCAUAACGGUGAAGGCCACAGACACACUGACCGGGGCCAAGUCUGAGGUCGACGUGGACAUCGUCGUGCUGGACGUGAACGAUAACCCACCGCUGUUCCAGAAUAACUCCUACUUCACUGUGCUUCCUGAGAACUCCAUGAUCGGAACGACCGUGUUACAGGUGUUUGCUCAGGACCAGGACUCGGAGAAGAACGCUGCAGUGAGUUACCAGAUCCUGUCUGACAUCUACAACAACAGCGACUACUUCCACAUCGACAGCAGCAGCGGGCUGAUAUUCACGGCGCGCCUGCUCGACUACGAGCUCGUCCAGCGCUACAACUUCAUCGUCAGGGCGAUGGACAGCGGGGACCCGGCCCUCAGCAGCGACGUCAGCGUAACUGUGACCGUCACCGACACCAACGACAAUCCACCUAAUUUCAGCCAAACGCUGUACGAGGCCUUUGUCAGCGAGCUCGCUCCCCGCGGACACUUUGUGACUUGUGUUCAGGCUUCAGACGCUGACAUCUGUGACGCUCAAAGGCUGAGGUACAGCGUUGUCUCCGGGAACCAGAGGAUGACUUUUAUGAUGGAGCCAGACACCGGAGUGCUCCGUCUGUCUAACAAGAGGAGACAAGGCAUGAAACUCUCGUAUCAACUCAAUGUGUCUGUGUCAGAUGGAGUCUUCACCAACACUGCUCAGGUGAUUGUUCGUGUCCUCGGAGCGAACCUGUUCAGUCCAGUGUUCAGUCAGAGGUUCUACCUGGCUGAGGUCCAAGAAAAUGCCCCUCCAGGGUCAAAGGUCAUUCAGGUUCGUGCAACAGACGAGGACUCCGGGCUGUACGGCCAGAUCACGUAUUCAUUUAUCAACGACCUCGGAAAAACUCAGUUCAACAUCGAUGCAGAUGGAGUCAUCUCCACCCUCCAGAAGUUAGACAGAGAAAAUCCUCUGAACAAGGACAUGGUGCUGACCGUUAUGGCCCUGGAUGGUGGAGGCCGUGCAUCAUUUUGCACAGUACGAGUGGUCCUCGCUGAUGAAAACGACAACGCCCCCCGGUUCAGAGCUGUGGAGUACCGCAUGAGUAUUAAAGCAAAUGUUGCCAAAGGGUCUCUGGUCACACAGAUCCAAGCUACAGACCCUGACGCUGGGCCCAACGGAAGAAUCACCUACUCCCUUUACAGCGAAGCUCGUCUGUCGCUGGUUGACGUGCUGGAGGUGGAGCCAGACAGCGGAUGGAUGAUGACUAAAAGCACCGUGGACCACCUCCAGGGGACGGUUCUGUCCUUCUUCGUCAAAGCCACAGACUGCGGGUCGCCACCCAAACACUCCCUGGUGUCGGCCUUCAUCCACGUCGUCCCCCCGGACGCGUUCGUGCCGUCCUUCAGCCAGCCGCAGUAUUCCUUCACCAUCCCCGAGGACACAGCAGUAGGAACGGCCCUGGGGUCCGUGUACAUGGGCCCCGGACAGAGCGGCUUCUUCACCGUCGUCAAGGGGGAGACGCUCGACAGCAACCAGGGAGGGACUUUCCUCGUGGAGAGGGAGACGGGUCUGAUCCGUCUGGUCAAGCCGCUGGACUACGAAGAGGUCAGCAUCUUCCGCUUCAAGGUCGCAGCAACAACAAGGAGGGACCUGAUCGAGUCCGUCACGACUGUGGACCUGGAGGUUAAGAUCCUGGAUGUGAAUGACAACAAGCCCGUGUUUGAGACAAACACUUAUGUUGCCACGGUGAUGGAGGGAAUGCCUGUUGGGACGAGAGUGGUUCAAGUGCGCGCCCUCGAUCCCGACUGGGGCUCCAACGGACAAGUAACCUACAGACUCGGGCCUCUCCUCACCUACAACUUGGACUUGACGAAGGACGCGCGCUCCGUCAGCGGCCCCAUCACCACGAGCUCCGUGUUCGCCAUCGACAGUAAAACGGGCUGGAUCACCACGGUGACUCAGAUGGACCACGAGGCCUGCUCCAGCUACAGCUUCGAGGUGGUGGCCUCUGACCUGGGCGAGUCCAAGUCUCUCUCCUCCACCACAGUGGUAACCAUCACCGUGUCGGACGUCAACGACAACCCGCCGCGGUUCGAGAGGGAGCUCUACCGGGGAGCAGUGAAGGAGAGCGACCCCCUCGGCGAGGUGGUGGCCGCUCUGAAGACCAAAGAUCGAGACGGCACGGAUCAAAACCGUCAAGUCAACUUUUACAUCACAGGGGGGAACCCGCGGGGCGUGUUCGGCCUGGCCCUGGUGCAGGGGGAGUGGAAGGUUUAUGUGAGCGGCUUACUGGACCGUGAGCUGCAGGACUGGUAUCUGCUCAACAUCACAGCCAGCGACGGCCUUUAUGUCGCUCGCACUGCAGUGGAAGUUACUGUAAUGGACGCCAACGACAACAGUCCCAUCUGCAACCAGGCGGUGUACAGCGCCUCGUUUCCUGAGGACAUUCCUACUAACAAGGGCAUCCUGACAGUCGGCGCAACGGAUGCUGACUCAGGCUCCAGUGCGGAGAUUCAAUAUUCCCUGUUUGGCAUCGGGGUCGAAGAUUUCUACAUGGAUGCAAACACCGGUGAGCUGCGUACGGCCACUGUCAUGGACCGAGAGAUGACACCUACCUACAAACUCAUCGCUCAGGCAACCGACGGGGGUGGCCUGUUCUGCCGCUCUGACAUUUCCCUCAAACUGUUGGACGUGAAUGACAAUGCCCCCUCGUUCUCUUCCCCUCAUUACCUGGCCAGCGUGUUCGAGAACGCGGCCCCCAAGGCUCUGCUCACCCGCCUGCAAGCCAGCGACCCCGACGAAGGUCUGAACCGCACUGUGGUUUAUUCUCUGCUGGACUCGGUCAACGGUUUCUUCUCCAUCGAUCCCGUGUCGGGGAUGGUGAUUCUGGAGAAAUCUCUGGACAGGGAGAGCAGAGACUCUUAUCGAGUCCGCGUCCAGGCCACUGACCAGGCCGGCCAACAGGGGGCACUGUCCUCACAG